CAGACACCCCCAGAAAUCGAUUCCUACACAAAACCUAGAACAAAGUAUAGGCCAUGGCUGCAGCAAGAAAAUGUCAACUUACUUAGCGUACGUUAAACCCUGAUAUUGAAAUGAAUGGCAUCAGCCUUCAUGCGAGAGCUCCUACGCUACACAAGAAAUCAAGGGUUACUCAUAAACCCCAAAAGAACCCACUUCUAUUCAUCUCAAUCACCAUCUGAUUAUUCAUUCAAAGAUAGCAUACUCAAUCUCUUACACAAAUGCCACAACUUGACCCGAUUCUACCAGAUCCAGACCCGAUUCGUAACCUCCGGAUUGCUCCAAAACCCAUCAAUUGCUGGCCGAAUUUUGAAGCUUUCUUUAACCUUUUGCGACAUUCAUUACACUUUACUUCUGUUCAAAUGUAUUGAAUUUCCAGAUACUUAUUGUGUGAAUACUGUAAUCAAGGGCUAUUGUUGCUCUUUGCCUCAUAAAGUUGUUAACUUUUAUUGUGAAAUGGUUAGAGAUGAUGGGGUUUUGUUUAAACCUAAUAGUUUUACUUUUCCACCUUUGAUUAGUGUGUGUGGGAAAUCAGGGGAUUUGUUGUUGGGUCAGGAGUGGCAUGGGCAGGCUGUGAAGGUUGGGGUUGAUAGAAGUUUACAUGUGGAGAAUGCUUUGAUUCAUAUGUAUGCAGGUUGUGGGUUGAAUGAUGUUGCGUGGAAGGUGUUUGAUGAAAUGUCUGUGAGAGAUUUGGUGUCUUGGAACUCUAUGGUUGAUGGGUAUGUGAAAGUCGGUGAUAUGGGUAGUGCUCAUGAGUUGUUUGAUCGAAUGCCGGAGCGGAAUGUGGUGUCGUGGAAUGUGUUGAUGAAGGGUUAUUUGGACGGGAAGAAUCCAGGGCUUGUGUUGAAGUUGUUUAGGACGAUGGUUAGGACGGGUGUUAUAUGGAAUGAUACGACGGUUGUGAGUGUGGUUACGGCUUGUGGCAGGUCGUGUAGGUUGAAAGAGGGGAGGUCGGUUCAUGGUUCGCUGAUUCGGAUGUCGGUGAAUGCGAGUUUGAUUAUUGGCACGGCUUUAAUCGAUAUGUAUAGUAAAUGCGGGAUACCAGACGUUGCUCAGGUUAUUUUUAACAGAAUGUUAGUUAAGAAUUUAGUAUGUUGGAAUGCGAUGAUUUCAGGGCAGUCGAUAUAUGGAAACGCGAAACACGGGCUUCGGUUAUUCGAUAAAAUGGUAGAGCGAGGCAAAUUCAUUCCGGAUGAAGCCUCUUAUGUAGGAGUACUAUGUGGUUGUGCGCGAUUAGGCUUGUUGGCAGACGCCAAAAACCAUUUUCUUGAAAUGACCAAUGUUUUUAACGUAAAACCCAAUUUCGCACACUAUUGGUGCAUGGCUAAUCUCUAUGCUAGCCACGGUUUAGUUGAUGACGCGAUUAAAUUCUUGAAGAAUAUGCCAGUCGACGUUAACAUGUCACCGCAAUCGUCAACGUGGGCUGGUUUACUAGGAUCGUGUCGGUUUAACGGUAACAUGACUGUAGGAGAACGAAUUGCAGAAGCUUUGAUUAAGGAUGACCCAUUGAAUCAUUCGUAUCAUGUGCUGCUUAUCGUAAUCUAUGCGGUAGCGGGGCGGUGGGAAGAUGUAUCUAGGAUGAAGUGUUUGAUGAUGGAGAGAGGAUUUAGUGUACCGGGUUUUAGUCUUGUAGAAUUGACUCAAAUAGUUAACGGUCUUGAAGUUGGAGAUAAAUGGGAAGAUAGCAUAUCUAAGCUCUACGAGCAUGGAUAAUCUGAGGGUUUGUUUGGUUAGUUUGACCCCUCUUUGUUCCAUGGUUUAGUAACGGUCUCACGGAUACUCCGCUUGAUGGAAAACGGUGCGAGCGUUGUUGAAUUAUCCUAGUUUUGGUCCAGUUGGAACGGCUAACCGGUGUAUGCAUCAGAGGGACGUGACAAAGAUGGUUGUGCAGUCUCUUUUAGGUAGAGGUGGCAAUCUUGACCCAAAGGCUUUCAAGUGGGUUUGUUUGGGUAAGAUAUUUUAACUAAACGGGUCACAACGGGUCAAUUGAAAUUCCAUCUUGUUAUUUUCGGGUCAAAACGGGUCGACAAUUUUAAAGAAAUGGGUCGAUGUGGGUUAGCACCUUAAAUAAACGGGACAUGUUUCGGAUCAGAAUGGGUUUUGGCACGGGGUGGGUUUUGGAUCAGAACGGGUCGGUUUGGAUCAGGUUCGGGUCGACACGGGUUUCCGCACGGGACGGGUUUCAGAUCGCAACGGGUUUUAGGUCGACACGAGUUUCCGCAUGGGACGGGUUUCGGAUCGCAACUGGUUUUAGGCCGACACGAGUUUCCGCACGGGACGCGUUUCGGGUCGGGACGGGUUUCAGUUUGGUUUCGUUUUUUGUUUCGGUUUGGUCGGUUUUUUCGGUUUCGUUUCGAAUCGGUUUCAAU